AAGAAUAAGACUGGGGAGUUUUCUCGAUGUUCUUCAUACGACAUCUCGUUGUUGAGAGAGAAAUUACAACACCACUCGUCUUCAGAUGAUCCACACCAGAUGUCUAUUGAAGAAGCAGUUCAUUUUCGCUCAUCGAAAACGAAUAAAUGUGAAACUUGGGACUUUGACAUGCAGCACUAUGUGCUCACAGCUCCAUCAGACUACCAAUGGGUAUGUGACAAGCGGCAUUAUGCAACUUUGGCACUGACUGCCCAGAAUGUUGGUGGAGUGUUCAGCACUCUGAUCCUUGGGCCCCUGGCUGAUAUAGUAGGAAGGAAGCCAAUCUACUUUCUGAGUCUGGCUCUGCAA